AUGAAUUUGUUGAAUACAAAUUCAAAGCUUUUAGGCAGAUUUGUUUACAUUCCCAAUGAAAAAGAGCUUAAUCAACAUACUCCUCUUCAAAUUCAAACAAUAGACAAAUUUCCAACUAUGUAUAACCUUCCUGUAUUACCUGUGUUUGGAAUUUUCACUGCCCAAGUUCAGGAGCCUAGCACCCAAGAUAGAGAUUAUGAUCCUAAUCUCAAAGGAAGACAUACCAACAUAGCAGAAGCUACAAAAAAACUUCUCAUAUUCUCAGUUACAGGGGAACUAGUAACCUUGAAAAAAAGUGUGUGUAUCUUAUACGAAGUUAUAGAAAAUAAAGGAUUAGAAAAAUUUGCAAAAAGAUUUGAAGCACUAACAAACAAAAAACAGUUCUACAUAAAGAAGGAAGAAACUAUUACAGAUCCCCAAGAAGAGAGAAAUAAAAGUGCUACAGUUAAAAUGCAAAAUGAAAAACAAAAUAAAGUACAUGAUGAAGUUCAAAAAGAAGUGCAUAAAAAUAUUAUUAAUAAACUACAAAUAGAUAAAAAUCCUGUGAAGCACAUAUAUACACAAGUUGAAAAUUGUUCAGAUAACCAAUACUUGAAUGAAGAAAAAUCAGAUAAUUCUGAGGAAGAAGUAGAAGUAAUGAAAAGCCACCAGUAG